AUGUUCUGUUGCUUCUGUCGCUCGCGAGCCGCGGACGAUGACGACGAUUACGCCACGACACUCCCCCCCGCUCCCGCGAAUCGCAAGCACGCUGCGCCAACCGCCACCGGAGCAUCCGCGGGCGUGCACGAGUUCGCGAGCCAGAUGGCGGCGGCGGACGACCGCGUCGCCAUGUCGUCCGUCGCCGUGCUUCACGCCGCGCAGAUCCGCAGCAUCCGCUCCGAGAAUGCCGGCGACGCGAGGCCUGUCGGCACGCCGCCGAGCCGCGGCGGGAGUCGCGGAGCGACCCCGCGAGAGUCGCAACGGUCGCCGGGGGUCGCAGGCGACUGGAAUCGGAGUUAUCAAGGCCAGUCCACCCCGGGCGCAGCGUCCGGUGCGGGGUUUGGUUCGAAUGUUGCCGCAGUGGGAAGCGGAGUUAGCGGGAGCGGGUUUGGCGGGGGCGGUGGGGUCCAUAGCAUGUCGGAACCUCGAAUCGCGACACCUGGAGCUACAGGAGACAAACUACCGCUAUCGCCUUUAUCGGGUGGUGCAGGUGCGGCAGUGGGGCAAGGGCGAGAGCGUGAGAGGGAGGGUCUGCUGGUGCAGGCGCUGACCAAUCAGAUGCGGCAGAACGGGGGAGAGGGGGAGGGGGGUGACGGCAGGGCGAGGGGGAGAAGCAACGGGGAGGGGGGGCUGCAGGCACAGGAGCCAGCAGGGAGAGAGGCAGAGAGCGCAGGGGAGCAGGAGUGGCGGGGUGUGAGCAUGAGGGAGGGCCGAGGAGGGGGGGAGAGCGAGCUGGUGAGUCGGUCAGUGACAGAGGCGUCAGCGGGGGAUUUGUCAGCAGUGGCUAGCAAUAUUGGAGUCGCUUUUGAGAACUCUCACAAGUGA